UAGUUUUACUGUUUUAUAACUUAGUUCAAUUUGUGCACUUGGCUUGUCAACAAAAAUAAGUAUCAAUUAAAUUGACAAUGAGAAUAGGAACAAAAGUACCAAAUUUUAAAGCACAAACAACGCACGGUCCAAUCGAGUUUCACAAAUGGAUGGACAAUUCAUGGGUGUUGUUGUUCUCACACCCGGCAGAUUUUACACCAGUAUGUACAACUGAACUUGGUCGGAUAGCUGUACAUAAACCACAUUUCGAAAAAAGGAAUGUUAAAAUCCUUGCUCAUUCUGUUGAUGAUUUGAAGAGUCAUGUUGAUUGGGUUAACGAUAUAAAAUCUUAUUGCUUAGAUAUUCCUGGUGAAUUUCCAUAUCCAAUAAUUGCCGAUCAAUCACGUGAUUUAGCUGUUCAAUUUGGAAUGUUGGAUGAAAAACAAAAAAAUGAUCCAGAAAUCGCAAAAACAAUCCGUGCACUUUUUAUUAUUGAUCCCGACAAAGUAGUACGACUAUCUAUGUUUUAUCCAAUGUCAACUGGACGUAAUGUAGAUGAAAUCUUACGUUGCAUCGAUUCAUUACAAUUAACAGACCGUUUAAAAGUAAUAGCAACACCAGCUAAUUGGAUGCCUGGAGAAAAAGUAAUGAUUUUGCCUGAGGUAUCAGAUGCAGAUGCCGACAAACUCUUUCCUAAAGGCAUUGAUAGGGUCAAAAUGCCAUCUGGUCACAACUACGUAAGAACGACAACUAAUUAUUAACUUUACUCAAUAUUUUGAAAAUUUGUUUCUUAAAGUUAGAGAUGAGCUUUAAAACAAAUACAUUUUUAUUGAACUUGGAGCAUUUAGAGUUUCUCAGUUCUAACUUUAAAAGCUAAAUUUUAAAACAUGAAAAAUGAAAAUGACAAGAAAUUAAAAAGUUCAAAAGAUACAGUUGAAACAAAAAUAAGUUUUUUUGAUAUGUGUAUGAAACUUCUUCAAUUCUUUUAAAUUUUAUACUAUUUUAUAUUUCAAUUUUAAAUAAACUUUUAAAUGUUUUCAAUA